CCUUUCCUGAGCUGUGAAACUCUUGAAUAGUAGAACCAGAAGAAAUGGCCAAGCGCACCUUCUCUACCUUGGAGACAUUCCUGAUUUUCCUCCUUGUAAUGAUGACUGCAAUCACAGUGGCUCUUCUCAGUCUCUUGUUUAUCACCAGUGGGACCAUUGAAAACAACAAAGAUUCAGGAAGCCAUGUUUUUCCAACCACCCAGGACCCCACAGCCACCCAGGACCCCACAGCCACCCAGGGCCCCACAGCCACCAAGGGUCCCGCAGCCACCCAGAACCCCACGGCCACCCAACCUUCUGUGACGCACACUUCGGAGCCACCUCUGUUUCAGAACUUCAGUGGUUAUCACAUUGGUGUCGGACGAGCUGACUGCACAGGACAAGUAUCAGACAUCAAUCUGAUGGGCUUUAGCAAAAGUGGCCAGAACGCACAGGGCCUCCUCACGCGGCUGUACAGCCGGGCCUUCAUCAUGGCAGAACCCGACGGGUCAAAUCGAGUUGUGUUCGUCAGCAUCGACAUAGGCAUGGUAUCCCAGAGGCUGAGGCUGGAGGUCCUGGACAGACUGAAGAGUAAAUAUGGCUCCCUGUACAGAAGUGACAACGUCAUCCUGAGCGGCACUCACACACACUCAGGCCCAGCGGGGUACUUCCAGUACACUGUGUUUGUAAUUGCCAGCGAAGGAUUCAGCAAUCGAACUUUCCAGUACAUGGUUACUGGUAUCAUGAAGAGCAUUGAGAUAGCACACGAAAAUAUGAAACCAGGCAAAAUCUUCAUCAAUAAAGGAGAUGUGGAAGGCACACAGAUCAACCGAAGCCCUUAUUCUUACCUUCAGAAUCCUCCAUCCGAGAGAGCAAGGUAUUCUUCAAAUACAGACAAGGAAAUGGUAAUCUUGAAAAUGGUAGAUUUGAAUGGAGACGACUUGGGCCUCAUCAGCUGGUUUCCCAUCCAUCCAGUCAGCAUGAACAACACCAACCAUCUUGUAAAUAGUGACAAUGUGGGCUAUGCAGCUUACCUUUUUGAGCAAGAGAAGAACAGAGGGUACCUACCUGGAGAGGGACCAUAUGUUGCAGCUUUUGCUUCAUCAAACCUGGGAGAUGUGUCCCCCAACAUUCUCGGCCCUCAUUGCAUCAACACGGGAGAGUCUUGUGAUAACGCCAAUAGCACCUGUCCCAUCGGCGGGCCUGGUAUGUGUAUGGCUAUGGGACCUGGACAGGACAUGCUGGACAGCACACAAAUCAUAGGACGCACCAUUUAUCAGAGAGCGAAGGAACUGUAUGCUUCCGCCUCCCAGGAGGUGACUGGACCACUAGCUUCAGCACACCAGUGGGUAAAUAUGACGGAUGUGACUGUCUGGCUUAAUUCCACACACACAGCAAAAACGUGUAAACCAGCAUUGGGCUACAGUUUUGCAGCUGGCACAAUUGACGGAGUUGGAAGUCUCAAUUUUACACAGGGGACAACAGAAGGGGAUCCAUUUUGGGACAGCAUUCGGGACCAGCUCCUGGGAAAACCAUCUGAAGAAAUCAAAGAAUGUCAUAAGCCAAAGCCAAUUCUUCUUCACACUGGAGAGCUAUCAAAACCUCACCCCUGGCAUCCAGAUAUUGUUGAUGUUCAGAUCCUUACUCUGGGGUUCUUGGCCAUAACCGCCAUACCUGGGGAGUUAACGACCAUGUCUGGACGAAGACUUCGAGAGGCAGUUCAAGCAGAAUUUGCAUCAUAUGGGAUGCAGAAUAUGACUGUCGUUAUUUCAGGUCUAUGCAAUGUCUAUACUCAUUAUAUUGCCACCUAUGAAGAAUACCAGGUUCAACGAUACGAGGCCGCAUCUACAAUUUAUGGACCACACACUCUGUCAGCUUAUAUCCAGCUCUUCAGAGGCCUUGCUAAGGCCAUUGCUACGGACACCGUAGCCAACCUGAGCAGAGGUCCAGAGCCUCCAUUUUUCAAACAACUAAUAGCUCCAUUAAUUCCUAACACUGUGGAUAGAGCACCGAUAGGCAGAACGUUUGGGGAUGUCCUGCAGCCAGCUAAACCCACAUACCACGUGGGAGAGGUUGCUGAAGUUACAUUUGUAGGUGCUAACCCGAAAAAUUCAGCAGAAAACCAGACUCAUCAGACCUUCCUCACUGUGGAGAAAUACGAGGCGGCCUUGGCCUCAUGGCAGAUAGUGUAUAACGAUGCCUCCUGGGAGACACGUUUUUACUGGCACAAGGGAUUCCUGGGUCAGAGCAAUGCGACGAUAGAAUGGCACAUUCCGGACACUGCCCAGCCUGGAAUCUACAGAAUAAAAUAUUUCGGACACAAUCGGAAGCAGGACUUUCUGAAGCCCGCUGUCAUACUUUCAUUUGAAGGCACUUCCUCUGCUUUUGAAGUUGUAACCACUUAGUGAAAAGUUGACAAAUCCUUCCAAGAGCAGCUUUACUCUGUAUGCAUUAUAUAAGUGAUUUCACAUGAAUGUGAA